ACUGCCCUUUUUGAGGAACAGACCGAAGGAAAAAGACAAAAUGAAGGCCUUCUACCGUCGCUCCAUGUCCAUGAAUGACCUGGUGCAGUCCAUGGUCCUAGCAGGAGGACAAUGGACAGGUAGUUCUGAGCAUCUGGAGGGUCCUGAUGAUAUAUCUGCGGGUAAAAGGAGGAAGGAGUUGGGAGCUAUGGCCUUCUCUACUACAGCUAUCAACUUUGCAGCUGUCAACUCUUCUGCAGGCUUCAGAUCCAAGCAGUUGCUAAAUAAUAAAGAUACUACGUCCUAUGAAGAUGUAAGUCCACAAGGUAUUAGUGAUGAUUCUAGUACAGGAUCAAGAGUUCAUGCUUCCAGACCAGCCAGCCUUGAUAGUGGCAGAACAUCCACUAGCAAUAGCAAUAACAAUGCUUCACUCCAUGAAGUCAAAGCAGGUGCCAUUAACAAUCAGAGCAGGCCCCAGAGCCACAGCAGCGGGGAGUUCAGCCUGCUGCACGAGCACGAGGCGUGGUCCAGCAGCAGCAGCAGCCCCAUUCAGUACCUGAAGGGUCACACGAGGUCCAGUCCUGUGCUGCAGCAGAGGACGCCCGAAACGCUGGAUGCUCGUGGCAGACACGUCAAAACGGGUUCCCCUGGCAGCGAAGUCGUGACCCUGCAGCAGUUUCUGGAAGAGAGCAACAAGAGUACCUCAAGUGAGGUUAGUUUAAUGAGUGCUUUAACUACAUGUUAUCCCGUGCACGGACGCAGAGUUAAUGGAAGACUUGCAGUGAGGAGAAUGGCUGUAAAGCUGUUUGGAGAUACUGAUUGUGUCUGCAUUAAGUCAAUGGACUCCUGGAUCAGGGUGCAGUGGGGACUGUAUCCAGAUAAACUGCACUCACUGUAUUACACACAAAAUCAUUCGGGAUUUUGCAGCUUGACCCUUCCCAUGUUACUGAAUUAG